AUGGAUUGCCAAGAGGGUACGGGCGUCUCGAUCAGUCAGGGAUGGCGCUCUAACUACCCAUUUUCACUUCUGUGCCUAUGCGCAGAUCUGAUCCGCAAAACCCGGAGGGCAGUUCCACAGAUGACCGCAGCAAAGCUCCAAUCCUACACCGCUCGUGACCUCGGCCAGAUGGCCAAAAAGAAGGGGGUACGGGGGUGGCACUCGAUGACCAAAGCUCAAUUAGUGCGAGCCUUGGUUAAGGCCGGCCAAAAGAAGUCGCGCACUACUACGACCAAGAAGGCCAGCACUUCUAAGAACGGCGUCGCCGCCAAAAAGUCGACGAAGAAGUCUGCCAAGCCGCGUACCAAAUCAGCCAAAGAGCAACCCGUCCGGAAGCAGAACCCCAGGGUGAAACGUCGCCUGGCCGAAGUUCGCAUGCGGGAGCACUGGUUCAAGAAUCUGUCUGCCAAGACGGAAGAGGCCAACGGUAACGGCUCGGUCGAAAAGCGAGAUCGCCUGGUCCUCAUGGUUCGUGACGCCUACUGGCUGCAUGCCCAUUGGGAUCUGACUCGCCAACGAGUCGAACGUGCUCGGGCUGCCAUGGGCCAGAACUGGCACGAUUGCAAGCCGAUUCUUCGCCUGAUGAAGAUCGACACAUCUUCGCACAACGGUGCUGAAACGCUGGUUCGCGAUAUCCCGAUUCACGGUGGGGUGAAUAACUGGUACAUCGAUGUUCAGGAUCCUCCGCAGAGCUACCGAGUCGAAAUCGGUUAUAUCUCGGCGGACGAACAAUUCUAUUCGAUGGCUCGCAGCAACAUUGUGACAACGCCUAAGGCAAGCUCCAGCGACUCGAUCGACGAAAACUGGACCGACGUGGCCGAGAGCUUCGAAAAGGUUUAUGCCAUGAGCGCAAGCUCGGGCGAUGGCCCUGCGAGCGUCGAACUGCAAGAGCUGUUCGAAGAGCGGCUGCGACGUCCGAUGGGUUCGCCGAUGAUCUCUCGCUUCGGUGUUGAAGCGCAGGGUGUCGGAGAAUCGGCCCGCGGGUUCGACUUUAUGGUCGAUGCCGAACUCAUCGUGUACGGAGCCACUUCGCCGAACGCUCACGUCACGCUGCAAGGCGAUCCUGUACAGUUGCGGGCUGACGGAACCUUCACCGUUCGCUUCAGCAUGCCGAAUUGCCGCCAGGUGAUUCCGGUGGUGGCUAGCAGUGCGAACGGUGUCGAGCAGCGAACGAUUGUGCUCGCUGUCGAACGUAACACGAAGGACAUCACCGAGGCCCUCGAAGGAUGGCCCUUCCAGCCCAAUGAAAUUUCCGUCCGCUUAGUGCGCGGUGACGAUGGAAGUGACAAGGUUCAGUUGCGACUCGACCUAGGGCUUCUGCAGAUGGAAGUCGAAGGGCGCCCCGAUGGCCAGCGUCCGCACGAUUGCGAUUCGCUGCUCGACUAUUUCGAAGCCAAACAGAAGCAGCACGACACGGCCAACCCCGACGAGGCGGCGUUUCAGUUAGAGCCCGACGACUGCGAGCAACUGCUUCGCGAGGGUAUUCAGUAUUACCACCGCUACCUCAGCUUCUGGCAUCUCGAUCAAUACGAGUCUUGUGCCCGCGACACCAAGCGGAACCUGCGGCUCUUGAAAUUCGUUCGGCAGAACGCUCGGCGAGAACGCGACAAGCUUCAGUUCGACCGCUGGCGACCGUACCUCGUCAUGAUGCAUGCCCGAUCGAUCGGCACGCCGCUACUCAAUGAUGAACGGUUCAACGAGGCACUCGUCACCGUGGACGAUGGCAUCGCCCAAAUUCGGCGUUUCCUGGAAGACUACGAUCAGACAGAGCAUGCUGAUCAAUGCAGCGAACUGACACAGUUGCUCACUUGGCGGGAGGAAAUUGUCCAGUUGCAGGACGACGGGCAAGAGCCGGCAAAAGAGGACCCGCUUCUGACGCUUCGCUCUGAGUUGAAACAAGCCAUCGACCAGGAGCAGUUCGAAGAGGCGGCCCGCAUUCGCGACGAAAUCCACCGGCUUACCGGUUCGGGUCCGGGCGAGAAGCUUUAG